CACCUUAGCUCGACCACAGCCUUCGCGUUUAGUUUCUUAGGACAUCGUAUACUGUAUCUACAACCACAUAGAUAUAGGGGUAGUGGUCCCUAGAGUCAUGAUGCCUCCAUCAUGAUUCCACGACGCGCAAACAUCCAUUCAUGCAAUCCUACACGACGUUGAUGACCGCUAUAUCUCCUUCAACCUCCUGAGAUACGCCUGGCCUGAAGUGAUCAAACGGAUGCUAUCGUCAGAGCUAAUUUGUUGUCAUGCCCCGACAGACUCGCAACUCGACUAGCCUUGACGAGUCACCUGACUACGCAUCCUCGAGUGCCAUGCGUACGAAAACUCGCCGGGGCCAUACGAAGUCUCGAAACGGGUGUGCUGAAUGCAAAAGACGUCAUAUCCGCUGCGAUGAACGUCGGCCCUCGUGCGCAAAUUGUGCAGUCGCAGAGCGCAUCUGUUUCUUCCCACCGCCUAAGAAAAAAAGGGGGAAGCAGGAUGCUGCGCAGGAACAACAGUCGAAUGAAACUCAUGGAUUCUCGCCAGAGUGCAGAGCGAGUAGUCACAGUACACCAUGCGUUAUCGAUACUGCGGAUAUGGAGCACCCGCAGAUACCACCGCCAAGUCGUCGACAACACACUCGAUCAGAUCCUGAGCGAGCACCAAAUAACCUCUCUCAGACCUGUUCUCUGAGGCAUGACGCCAAUCAGUUCCUCAGUGGUCUUGAGCUUAACGAUCGAGAAGUUCCUUCUCCAGACCCAUCUUUGCAAUUGGGCGAUAUGCACACAUCGUUACCUAGCUAUCCUGGAUUUUCAGAAGUUUCAGACCUCAAUUCCAAGGCCACCUUUACGUCCCAGCAUAUGAUCCUGUUAUACCAUGCCCAUAUAGUGCCAAACAUCUGCGGGCCAAACAGGAUCGUUAUUGACAUUGCCAUUCGUCGCGCUGUCGAUUCUCCCUACCUCCUAGAUGAAGUUCUUGCUUUCAUAGCUUUUCAUAUGACUUAUUUGUAUCCUGGAUCAGCCAUACAUCUCCGACACCUCGCUACAGAACUCCAGACUCGUGCUGUUGCCUCCUUUACCAGCCUCACGGAAUCGGUUCCCAAGGAUGACAGAGCCACCGCCGUUCCUCGGUUUCUUUUCUCCGCGAUCUUAGGCCGGCAUGCUCUCGCUGAUACCCUUGCCAACUAUCGCUCUGACUUUCAGACAUUCAUCGAUCGGCUCGUAGAAUGUUUCAGUCUCAAUCGUGGGGUCACCUCUGUCACUCCUCCAGCUCGUCUAUAUCUCCAUGACUCAGAGAUCAAGCCCCUUCUUACUGUUGUUCUCGACGCUUACGCUAAGGUCCUUACGCCAGGCAACGAAUGUGAUCCUUUGCGCCGGCUUCUAGACGACUCUGAUCUCAGUGAGACUAGUACCACAGCCUGUCGCCAAGCUAUUGAAAUCCUUCAAUGCUCCUUUGAUAUCUGCCACCAUCUUGACGUCGAGGAUUAUCCACAAUCUGCUUCGGUGUUCUCUGUAAAGGUAGAGGGCGGCUUUGUGGACAUGUUACGGAAGCAUCGUCCGGAGGCUCUUGUCAUUCUCGCAUACUUUGGUGUCUUGCUACACCGAUGUCAUGGCUUUUGGGCCUUCGGUGAUGCUGGUGCUGUAAUGAUACGCGCCAUUGCUGGCCACCUGGGGAGCUAUUGGCAAGCGCCACUUGCAUGGCCGCUUCAUGUGAUAGAGAUGGAGCGUAGGCCAGAGCCUGCAAAUAUGGCUUCGAUGCAGGUCAAUUCCUCAGAUUCGUCACGUACGCCAGUCCCAGGGUGUCCAAACAGUUCUAUACCAUCAUAAAAGGGAGGUUUCUACAUAACUCAACGUGUCCUGACUCCUCUUACAGUCGCAUCGCAAUC